AUGCUUACAUGGAUCGCUAAUUUCCUGGAAGGCAGAAAAAUUAAGGUAAAGGUCAAUGGCCAUUUGUCAGAUACAGUAGAACCUGACAAUGGCACACCCAAGGGAAGUGUGAUUAGUCCACUGAUCUUUAAUCUCAUCAUGAACACUCUAAACAUGGCUAUAGAUGCACACAACAAACAGUCCCCUCCCGGUGACCGGACCGAACUUGCCCAAUUUGUAGAUGAUGGAGCCACAUGGGUAACAUCACCAAACCCACAUAGUGUAUUACUAAAAGGCCAAAAGGUCCUUGAGGUAAUAGAAAAAUGGAGUAAUGAAUGGGGAUUCACCAUUAACCCUAAUAAAACACUAAUGCUAAUGGUGUGCCGGCAACCAUAUCUUAAAGUCCUAGCAAAAUCGAAUAAAGUAACGCCGGAACUUAAAUUAUGUGGUAAAGCCCUUGAAAUAGCACCGACCGCCAAAUUCUUAGGAAUGUAUUUUGAUCAAUAUUUAACGUGGCACCAUCAUAUAAAUAAUCUAGUUAAUAGAUGUGAAAAAGAUAUUAACCUCUUGAGACUAAUAUCAGGAACAAACUGGGGAGCUAAUAAGAAAACUAAACUCAUGUUAUAUAACUCCUUAAUUAUGAGCAAAAUUAAUUAUGGUAGCACAGCAUAUGCGUCAGCCUGCAAAUCACAGUUAAAAAGGCUAGAUGUAAUACAAAGUAAGGCCCUAAGAGUAGUCACUGGAGCAUAUAAAACAACUAAUAAAAUGGCAGUAUUAGUAGAAACGGCCCAGCUACCAUUAGAUAUAACAAGAGAGGUCAAUAUGCUCAAAUAUUGGGCCAGAUCCAGCCGCCUAGGUGAAAAUCUGCCCAUAAAUAAUACAAUCAAAGCACUGAAAGAAUGCCCCAGUACCAUCGAAAGGGUUAGAAACGGUCACACUGGUAGGAAAGAGCUUAGAACCCAGCCGUACACUCGAGAGGUUAAUAGGUUACUAGAUAAAUACCAAUUAAGUGAAGUAAAUAUACAAGAGCCGGUGUUUUCAUAUAAUGCUGGGAUCAUGGUCACAACCCCCGACUUAAGCCUUAAAUGCUUCAUUAAUAAAACAGAAGAUACCACCCAGGCCAAACAUAUAACAGAAAUGCACAUAAUGAAGCAUUAUAGGUCACAUUACCAUAUAUAUACAGACGGUAGCAAAAAUCCCAGCGAAAAUAAAGCGGGCGCGGCCUUUGUUGUCUUUGAUCCCUAUAGCAAAGAAAUUUGCUCUUCGGCUCUCAAAUUAGACCCUAGGGUCUCCAUAUUCACGUGUGAGGCAACAGCCAUCCAACAUGCACUGAAAUGGAUACCCGAAAACAUGCCCAGAAACAUAGCUAUAUUUACAGAUAGUUUGUCUGUAUUACAAUCAAUAAAUACAGGCAGGUCACAAUCAAGAUCUGAUAUAAUAGUUGACAUUAUUCAUAAAAUCAGCCAUCUCAGUAAAAUAGGUAUACGUUUCCCUAAUAUGGGUCCCGAGUCAUGUAGGCAUUAUGGGAAACGAAAGGGUCGAUCAACUAGCAAAGCAAGGGUCCGAAAAUGGAGCCCCAAAACAGGUCAAAUUAGCAGUAUAUGA